AUGUCUGUUGUCCAAAUCUCGUAUCAGUUCUCAAGUUACAGGGAAAAGGUUGAGCCUGGAAGUGACUUGAACGACGUCCUGCAUCGAAGUUUGUCUCAUUUUAAGCUCCACAGCGAUAAAAACUGGACUCUUCAACACCAUGAUAAGCCGCUCCCACUGACAGUACCAAUUCGGCUCCUCAAUUUGGCUAAAGGCGCUACCUUGGUACUCAAGGAGUCUCAGGUCGCGAAUUCUAAAGGAAACCAACUAAAGAUCAAAUUUGUAGUUCCUUCAUUUGGAACCGAGAUCUGGGCAGGUUAUUCUAAAAGUAAGAUAUUAGAGGCUGUCGAGGAUGUUUUCGGUCGUAAUUCUUGGAGUCUGGAUCCGCAAAGCGUGAGGUUCCAGUGCUUCGCCAAAAUUUGGACCUAUGAUCAAAUCCGCGACACGACGUUUGAGCAACUAGGCAUCGCAGAAGACGUAGCGAUAAGGGUCUCGAUGGCGAAUACCAGCAAAAAGGUAUCAAACAACGCUGAGGAUUCAAAGCAUCUCGAAGCCCCCACUGACGUGACGGAUUUACCAACUCCCCAGGCAGUUGAGUCGCGUGCCAAAGGUGACCAAACACCCAGAUGUGAAAACGUGCGUGAUAGCGUUCUUGCUUAUAUUCCAAGCACAAAUUCAAUUCCAAAGGACUUGGGUGUGGAGGAUGAUUUUAACGUCACGGUCAACCAAUUCAAAAAAUAUCAGAAGAUGUUAUCAAAGAGCGCAGGCGGUGAUCAACCACUCUUAACAAAGAGGCUGCGAGAAGAAAAGGCCCCAAAAACAAUGAUAGAAAACUGCAAUGUACGGGUACGUUUCCCCGAUCGUUCUUGUAUUGAUAUCAAUUUUAAACCUGAUGACACAAUCCUGCUAGUGUAUGAGGCUGUUUCAAGGUGUCUCAGCGACAAAGCACUUCAAUUCCGCCUUUUUCAUUCCCAUCCACACCAGGAGAUUAAAAACACAGAAGCCAAAUUAGUUGCGGAUUUGGGUUUUGGUUCAAAAACGCUAUUGAUCUUCGAGAGCGACUAUAGAGCCUCGUAUCUGCGUUCGGAUUUACUCGAAAAAGCGAAGUCCAUGGCGGAUUCCAAGCGAGCGGAUGAGGCCGAACAAACAAGGACGGCGGCCGGAGGAAAUGGCAGCGCAACUGAAGCUGAAAAAAAGCCUACCACAGGCUUGCGUGCAGGGCAUAAGCCCAAGUGGCUCAAAUUGGGAAAAAAAUAG